CUCCUUACAGUCACCCAGCCUCCCCGGUUUCCCGGCUGUUCGGCAGCUACCAGCGGCCGGCUAGAAGGAGAUACACUAGAUCGGUCCGCACCGGCUACACGGGGGGGCUGGCUAACUACAGCAGCUAAAGAUUUUGUUUCCAUGGCGCGGAGCCGCGUUUCAAAUUCACUAAGCCAGCGCUGCAAAUAAACCACAUAAUACUACCUUUACAACUGUCACAAAAGGAGGGAGAAGAAUAGCAAAACAUCUGACACACCGAGCAGGAGAGAGGGAGACAGAGAAGCCAUCGCUAGCAAAACAGGCUAAGCUAGUUAGCGGAGUUUAACGAACACUAAACGAUUAUAAGAUUAGCGUGAAAUUCGCUAAAGUGAGUAUAUAAAUGUUUGAACAGACGUUCGGCGUAACAAUGUGAAAUUACCAGCUAUAGUGGCGAGUAAAACAACUUAAACGAGGUUAAAUUAAGGAGCUGGUAGAAGCACAAGUAACACACAACAAGAGGAAGUGACGUAGGACGCUCACCGUAGCAGACGCUGUCAAAUGCAACUUGACUGUUAAUUGCAUCCAUCUUGUUCAAUGUUUUUUCAUGUAACUGAUUAGUGCUAUGCUUUGUGGUAUACCCCUUUGUGGGAUCCUCCAAGAUCUCGCGAGAUUUAAGAUUAAACGGAUGGUUUAAAAAAAGGUGGUUCCUUUGCUGCACCGGGGCUGACAGCAGAGAGGUAGCCAGCGGUAGUGCUGAAGACUCCCGCUAAGUCUACCUAGCGACACUUCCCUCUCUGCGUGACACGAUUGGAGAGUCUGGAGGUGCGAGUCUCGGCGAAUCCACCCCGCAUCAUCAUCAUACCCCGCUCAGGUCACCUUAUCACUCGCCUACCGGCAUUUUCUCUCUCCCGUCUCCGAAGAUGAUACCUGGCAAACGAAGAGCUUCAGUCAUGUCCUUCUCGGUGGCGAUACUCGGAGCGCUGAUGCUGCAGUCCGUCUCCUCGCAGAACGAGCCGUCAAUCACCACCUCCGAGCACACCACUCUUCCUGUGGAAGGCGACGCUUUCACACUGCAGUGCAACCUCACCAGCGCCCACGGUGUCCACGAGGAGAGCUACUGGAUGAAGAACGGGGAGGAGAUCCCAGAAACACGCACCACUAAUAGGAACACAGAGUACAGGCUGAACAAACCAAGAGGAGAUGAUGCCGGAGUGUACAUGUGCGUCUUCACCUUCGAGAUGGCUCCUCCGGCCAAUGCCACCAUUGAAGUAAAAUCUGCUCCUGAGAUCACAGGCCACAAGCGCAGUGAGAAUAAAAAUGAGGGCCAACGUGCUCAACUCUACUGUAAGUCUGUGGGUUAUCCUCACCCCGUCUGGACCUGGCGCAAGUUUGACAACGGCAUUUAUAGGGAAAUUGACAACUCAAGCGGACGCUUCUUCAUCAGCAGCAGAGACAACUACACCGAGCUCAUCAUUUCCAACCUGGACAUUCGUUUAGAUCCCGGCGAGUACCAGUGCAAUGCCACCAAUAUGAUCGGCAGCCGUGAGGAGAAGUCUGUGCUGAGGGUUCGCAGUCACUUGGCCCCCCUAUGGCCUCUCCUGGGGGUUUUGGCUGAGAUCAUCAUCCUGAUCAUCAUCAUCGUUGUUUAUGAGAAGCGUAAGAAGCCGGAGGAUUUACAGGACGACGAUGACCCAGCUGGACCAGUGAAAACCAACUCAACCAACAACCACAAAGACAAGAACCUCCGUCAGAGGAACACAAACUGAGCAGCCUGUCUUUCUGAGUUGCAUUACACAUGUAUUGACCAUAUGAAGGUAAACGAGGAGGGAAUCCAUAGCGGUUGUUGAUAGGAUUUAUCUGCCAUUAAAAGUUUGGUUGUGGAGGAGUCACGUGAGGCAUGCCUUAUGAUGUUGUUGUGUGAGCGUGCGAGGUCAGGUCAGGAGGAUUGUAAACAUUAUAACCAUUGUUGCUGCAUGCAGUUGUUGACAUUUAUGAUUUUCAACCUCUUAUCCACUAAUUUUAACAUUUUUACUACUUCUUAAAAUAAUGCAUGCAAGAUCUUGACCUUCUGUUUGAAGGCAGAAACUUUUGGGGUUUAUUUUGUUUUGUUUUGUUUUGUUUUUCUUUUUGUUAUUUUCAUUGGAAGUGGAUUCAUGUAGAUAAUCUGUGUGUUCUAGAGGAAAAACAAAACUUGGGCAAUGUAAAAGAAAAUGCCACCAUAAUCUGGUAUGACAGUUGUGUAUAGUUUUAUCAUUCUGCUGCAUACCAGUUUCAUUGUUUUAUCGGACAAUAUCUAUUACAUAUUAAGGGCUUUGCAGUGUCCCUCUAAAUUUGAUUAAGGUUUACUUUACUGUAUGUAUGUACUGUAUGUGUUAAAUCACUAUAACUAUGUAUCAGAUCAGCAUUAAUAUAAAGACUAUUCAUAUUAUAUGAUGCACUUAAAUGUUGAGAAUAAUGAAAAACUGUACAAACCUACUUUAGGAGCUCUGUACUAAUCAUUCUAACAUAUUGUUUUAUAAUUAUGUGUAUUGUACAGCAUGGCUAUUAUCCUAUGCAAUUAUUAUCCAUAUCAAUAUAUUGAAAAUCAUUGCAGCUUUUGAUUUCUCUGUGACAAAGCUUUAAACUAGUAGGAUCACCGUAGAGUGUUGAUACACAGCUGCAUGAAUUCUCUACAGCCGACGUGGGAGGCGGCGAAAGAAGCCCACGUCAGGACUGACACACGUGAAGCGAAUUGCAAGAUCUCGACUCAUUUUUAAGAAUAAAUAUCUGAAAAAAGG